GUGUCUUAUUUUUUAAUCAGCAGCCAAGUGAAAGUUGUUAUUCUUUAUGCUGUAAAUUAGAUUUGUUAGCUUAAAUUCUGUUAUCCUAAUAUUUUUUAUAACUUUUCUUUUAAAUUACCCUAAAUUAGAAUAUUUACAUUUCAUAAUGGUCGACGAAUGUACAAGGAAAACUCUUAGCAACAUUCCUUUACUGCAGACACGGGCAGGACCUCGCGACAAAGAUUUAUGGGUACAGCGGUUGAAAGAGGAAUACCAAGCACUUAUUAAAUAUGUUCAAAACAAUAAAGAAUCAGGCAGUGACUGGUUUCGUUUGGAAUCUAAUAAAGAAGGAACCCGUUGGUUUGGAAAAUGCUGGUACAUGCACAAUCUUCUCAAGUAUGAAUUUGACGUCGAGUUUGAUAUACCAGUAACUUAUCCGACAACCGCGCCAGAAAUAGCUCUACCUGAGCUCGAUGGAAAAACUGCGAAAAUGUAUCGCGGAGGUAAAAUUUGCUUGACUGAUCAUUUCAAGCCUUUGUGGGCACGCAAUGUUCCGAAAUUUGGUAUUGCACACGCAAUGGCCUUGGGGCUCGCACCUUGGUUAGCUGUGGAAAUACCAGAUCUUAUAGAGAAGGGCAUUGUUACUUAUAAAGAUAAAUAAUAUUUUUUUCAAUUUUGAUUUAUACAUAAUUGCUUAUUUUUUCAUAUAAUCAAAUCGAUGUCUUUUUUCCUUAGAGGAAUAAAGUGUGUCUAAAGCGUAAAUGUGUUAUCGUGUCAGUGGCAGAAUAGUUAAUAAAUUGUCGAUAAAUAUAAAAAAAA